AUGAGGAACUUUGCUGCUUUCGCAGCCUUUGCGGCAAGCGCUCAUGCACUUGUUCCUCGCGAUACCAGCUGCUGCUUCCACCUCACAGCAUCUGGUGGUGCAUCGGGCCCUGUCGGCCAGCUUGGUGAUGGACAAAACCGUGUCGGCGGCGACUCUUCAAGCUUGCCCGAGGGCCAGUACUGUAUCGACUCAGACGGCUCUCUCACUGAUGGAAAUGGACGUGGCUGCAUAUUGACUCCUCCCACAACACAGUUCCAAUGUGACUUGGGCGGUACUCCCACACCAGGGUUCUCCGUCGGCUCAAGCGGCAUGCUAGGUUACAAUGGGCAAACCAAUUUCGUUGCCUGUGCAACAGGUGAAAACGGGGAGUUAAACAUCUACACAUCGCCGAACAGCGCGGACGUCACAGGCUGCGUUAGUGUUCAACUAAUGGCCGAUUCCUGCUCAGGAACAGGGCCAGGCGCGGGUGGAGGCACGGGUGGAGGAACCGGAGGAGGUCAAGGCCCAGGACAAAGUGCCACGCCCAGCGCUCCCGGUGGUGGUGGUACUGGAGGAGGUCAAGGACCUGGUGCUACGCCUAGUUCGCCCGGUGGUGGUGGUGGUGGUGGUGCAGGAGGAGGCCAAGGUCCUGGUGCUACUCCCAGCUCUCCUGGAGGUGGCGGUGGUGCUGGCGGAGGUCAAGGACCUGGCGAAACACCUAGUUCUCCUGGUGGUGGUGCUGGCGGAGGUCAAGGCCCUGGUGCUACUCCUAGCUCUCCUGGCGGUGGUGCUGGCGGAGGUCAAGGACCCGGUGCCACUCCUAGUUCUCCCGGAGGGGGUGGUGCCGGCGGAGGUCAAGGCCCUGGCGCAACACCUAGUUCCCCUGGCGGCGGUGCUGGCGGAGGUCAAGGACCCGGUGCCACUCCUAGCUCUCCCGGCGGUGGUGCCGGCGGAGGGCAAGGACCUGGUUCUACUCCUAGCUCGCCUGGAGGUGGUGCCGGCGGAGGCCAAGGACCCGGUGCUACUCCUAGCUCUCCUGGCGGUGGUGCCGGCGGAGGCCAAGGACCCGGUGCUACUCCUAGCUCUCCCGGCGGUGGUGCCGGCGGAGGUCAAGGACCUAGUUCUACUCCUAGUUCACCUGGAGGUGGUGCCGGCGGAGGUCAAGGACCUAGUUCCACUCCUAGCUCACCUGGAGGUGGUGCCGGCGGAGGUCAAGGGCCUGGUUCUACUCCUAGCUCGCCCGGAGGAGGCGGUGCUGGAGGAGGUCAAAGCCCCAGUCAAGGUGCAACACCGUCGUCUAGUGCUCCCGGAGGAGGCGGUGCUGGAGGAGGCCAAGGCCCCAGUCAAGGCGCGACACCGUCGCCCAGUGCUCCCGGAGGUGGUGGAGCUGGAGGAGGCCAAGGACCUGGCCAGAGCGCUACUCCCACGCCAAGCGCUCCUGGAGGUGGUGCAGGAGGUGGUGGUGGAUCUCAAGGUCCUGGUCAGAGCACUAUGACUGUUCCAGUUAUCUCGCCUUCUCCUUCGCCUAGUGCUCCUGCUGGUGGUGGUGGAUCUCAACCUGGCCAAAGCACCGCGACUGUCCCCGUUGUCUCGCCCUCGCCUAGUACUCCUGGAGGCGGCGCCGGAGGAGGCCAAGGACCUGGCCAAAGCACCACGACUGUUCCCGUUGUCUCGCCCUCACCUAGCGUUCCCGGAGGUGGUGCAGGAGGAGGUGGUGGAUCUCAAGGUCCUGGCCAGAGCACUGCCACUGUCCCAGUUGUCUCUCCCUCGUCUAGUGCGCCUGGAGGUGGCGCUGGAGGAGGCCAGGGUCCCAGCACCAGCACCGUCACAGUCCCAAUUGUCUCACCAUCGCCAAGCGCACCAGACGGCGAAGGUCCCGGCCAAGGCGCUUCACCCUCGCCCAGUUCUCCAGGAGGCGGCGCCGGCGGAGGUGGAGGAGGUGGCACAAGCACUGUUACUGUGCCAGUUGUCUCACCAUCACCGAGUGUUCCAGGCGGCGAAGGUCCUGGCCAAGGAGCUUCACCCUCACCUAGUGCCCCAGGAGGCGGCGCUGGAGGAGGCGGUGGUCAGAGCACCAUGACUGUCCCGGUUAUCUCGCCCUCGCCGAGUGUCCCCGGUUCUCAAGGUCCUGGUGGAGUGCCUGGCGAAUGUGCUGAUUGCCCUUCCACAGCAACGAUUUACACAACCGUCAUUGUUGAUUGCAGCACUGAAACUCCUGGUGUCCCCGGUGGAGAGUCAAACACGCCGGGUGUCCCUGGAGGAACCGAGCCUGGUCAACCUCCUGCUACUGGAGUUCCCACGGGUCCUGGUGGUGGAGGUAUGAUUCCUACUGGUCCUGCUGGCGGCGGCGGCGGCGGAGGUCAACCUACUGGUCCCGCUGGCGGUGGUGGAGGAGGUCAACCUACUGGUCCCGCUGGCGGUGGUGGAGGAGGUCAACCUACUGGAGGUCAGCCUACUGGUCCCGCUGGCGGUGGUGGUCAGCCAACCGGUCCUGCUGGCGGAGGUGGUGGAGGUCAACCUACUGGUCCCGCUGGCGGUGGUGGUCAACCUACUGGUCCUGCUGGCGGUGGUGAGCAGCCUACUGGCCCCGCUGGCGGUGGAGGAGGUCAGCCUACUGGUCCCGCAGGCGGAGGUGAGCAGCCUACCAGUCCUGCUGGCGGAGGUGGUGGAGGUCAACCUACUGGUCCCGCUGGCGGAGGUGGUGGAGGUCAACCUACUGGUCCCGCUGGCGGAGGUGGUCAACCUACUGGUCCUGCUGGCGGAGGUGAGCAGCCUACUGGCCCCGCUGGCGGCGGCGGCGGUCAGCCCACUGGCCCGACUGGCGGCCAACCUACUGGACCUGCUGGAGGAGGUGGAGGUGGUGGUGGUCAGCCCCCAUCCGGCGGAGGUGGUGGAAGCUGCCCUACCGAUCUUUCGGGCAACUACGAGUAUCCUCACCUGAUCAUCCCUGUUGAUUCGUCCUCCCCCAGUACAGCAUACGGCACUCAGUUCAACGGAACUGUGACAUCCACAGUCUCGACCAUCUUCAACUUCGACAUUCCCGCCACUGAUUCCGGAAAGACCUGUAGCCUUGUCUUCCUAUUCCCCAGACAGGAGGAUCUCGAGACUUCUGCAUUCGACUUCAGCGGAGACGGCACGAUCCAGUUCUCCGCUCUGGAGACAUACGCUACCCAGUCGACCACAUACAACAACGCUCCCCAAGUCAGCCAGAACCUCGGCCAGUUCACCGUCUCGCCAGGCAACUCUUAUGCCGUCUCCAGCUUCGCGUGCCCUGCUGGCCAGACUGUCAGCUUCGAGAUGUCGACUCCCGGAAGCACCAACCUUGAAUUCUUCGAAGAUUACAACCCCUCACCCCUUGGUCUGUUCAUGACCGUCUGUUAG